CGGGCGGACAGACGGACGGACCCGGGGACGCGCGCGCGCGGAGGGACGCGGGAGGCCGGGCGCUGGAAUGCAGUCUUCCCGGGCGAGAGAGACUUUGCACCGGAGUGGAGAGUAGUUUGGGGUGGGGUUUCGCACCGUCCCCUCCUCCCCACACCCCGGGCCCCUUUCCAGGCGCUUUCUGGAAGCGUUUUUUCAGAACGGCGCUCUGAAGUUUAAAGACCAGAGAGGAGCCUGGGCCGGAGGCAGGGACAAUGGAAGAAAACGAAAGCCAGAAAUGUGAGCCAUGCCUUCCUUACUCAGCAGACAGCAGACAGAUGCCGGAACAAGGAAAGAGCAACCUGCAGGUGACAUCCUUAGAAGAUGCAGAAUGUCGCAGAACCAAGGAGCGUCUUUCUAAUGGGAACAGCCGUGUUUCAGCUUCCAGAUCUUCCCGCAACAUCCCAAGGAGACACACUCUAGGUGGGCCUCGAAGUUCCAAAGAAAUCCUGGGAAUGCAAACGUCGGAGAUGGACCGGAAGAGAGAAGCUUUCCUGGAACAUCUGAAGCAGAAAUACCCGCAUCAUGCCACCGCCAUCAUGGGCCACCAGGAGAGGCUGAGAGACCAGACAAGAAGCCCCAAACUCUCUCACAGUCCUCAGCCUCCCAACUUGGGCGACCCAGUGGAGCAUCUGUCAGAGGCGUCCGCUGAUUCUUUGGAAGCCAUGUCUGAGGGAGAAACUCCCAGUCCUUUCUCCAGAGGCAGCCGGACUCGGGCGAGCCUUCCGGUGGUGAGGUCCACCAACCAGACGAAAGAAAGAUCUCUGGGAGUUCUUUAUCUCCAGUACGGAGAUGAAACCAAGCAGCUCAGGAUGCCGAACGAAAUUACAAGUGCAGACACAAUCCGUGCUCUCUUCGUAAGUGCCUUUCCACAGCAGCUCACCAUGAAAAUGCUGGAGUCGCCCAGUGUCGCCAUUUACAUCAAAGAUGAAAGCAGAAAUGUCUAUUAUGAACUAAAUGAUGUCAGGAACAUUCAGGACAGAUCCCUUCUCAAAGUGUACAACAAGGAUCCUGCCCACGCAUUCAACCACACGCCGAAAACUGUGAACGGAGACAUGAGGAUGCAGAGAGAAGUUGUUUAUGCAAGAGGAGAUGGCCCUGGUGCCUCUCGACCUGGACCCACAGCUCUCCCACCCUACGCCAUUCCAAACUCUCCGCCAUCCACUCCUGUGCCCCAUUCCAUGCCUCCCUCUCCUUCCAGAAUUCCGUACGGAGGCUCCCGCCCAAUGGUGGUUCCUGGUAAUGCCACCAUCCCCAGGGACAGACUCUCCAGCCUGCCAGUCUCCAGAUCCAUCUCCCCCAGCCCCAGCGCCAUCCUGGAAAGAAGAGAUGUGAAGCCAGAUGAAGACAUGAGCAGCAAGAACCUCGCCAUGUACCGGAACGAGGGUUUCUAUGCCGACCCUUACCUUUAUCAUGAGGGGCGGAUGAGCAUAGCGUCUUCGCAUGGCGGGCACCCACUGGAUGUCCCCGAUCACAUCAUCGCGUAUCACCGCACCGCAAUUCGGUCAGCCAGUGCUUACUGCAACCCAUCUCUGCAAGCGGAAAUGCACAUGGAGCAGUCACUGUACAGACAGAAGCCAAGGAAAUACCCAGAGAGCCACUUGCCCACUCUGGGCUCCAAGACGCCCCCAGCCUCCCCUCACCGAGUCGGCGACCUGAGGAUGGUGGAGAUGCACGGUCACCAUAACGCCCACGGGCCCCCCCACACGUUGCAGCCAGACCGGGCCUCGCCUAGCCGCCAGGGCUUCAAGAAGGAGCCCGGCACUUUGGUGUACAUUGAGAAGCCACGGAGCACUCCAGGAUUAUCCGGGCUUGUGGACCUGGGCCCUCCUCUAGUUGAGAAGCAGGUGUUCGCUUACAGCACGGCUACCAUACCCAAAGACCGAGAGACCAGCGAGAAAAUGAUGAAAACCACAGCCAGUAAGAACCAAACAGAUGGUGCAGGAACUCCCCAGGUUUCCGGUGGGAAGACUCUCGGCGCCUCAGUGGAGUCCUCGGGGCCGCCCGGCCAGCUGGCGCCUGCCAGCGCCUCCGCGGUCCACGCGAGCCUGCUCGACAUGAGGCGGAGCGUGGCCGAGCUCAGGCUGCAGCUGCGGCAGAUGCGACAGCUCCAGCUGCAGAACCAGGAGCUGCUGAAGGCAAUGAUGAGGAAGGCUGAGCAGGAAAUCAGCAGCAAGGUGAUCGAGACGAUGAAGAGACUGGAGGACCCCGUGCAGCGCCAGCGGGUCCUGGUGGAGCAGGAGAGGCAGAAGUACCUGCACGAAGAGGAGAAGAUCGUCCGGAAGCUGUGUGACCUGGAAGACUUCGUUGACGAUCUGAAGAAGGACUCCACCUCGGCCAGCCGCGUGGUGACUCUGAAAGACGUGGAGGAUGGGGCUUUCCUGCUGCGCCAGGUGGGAGAGGCCGUCGCUUCCCUGAAAGGAGAAUUUCCAACCUUACAAAAUAAGAUGCGAGCCAUCCUGCGCAUAGAAGUGGAGGCGGUGCGCUUCCUGAAGGAGGAGCCGCACAGGCUGGAUAGUCUCCUGCAGAGAGUACGCGGCCUGACCGACACCCUGACCAUGCUGCGGAGGCAUGUCACUGACGGGCUCUUGAAAGGCUCGGAUGCAGCCCAGGCCGCGCAGUACGUGGCUAUGGAGAAGGCCACGGCCGCCGAGGUCCUGAAGGCCCAGGAGGAGGCCCCCCACACGUCGGGCCAGCCCCUCCCCGGCGCGGGCGUCCCCGGCGACGUGAAGGCGGAGGUGGUGCCCCUGACCGUCCACCACGCGCAGAGCUCUCCCGUGGUCAUCCAGCCGUCGCAGCUCUCCUCCGCGCUGCUGAACCCCGCCCAGCACGCGCCCGGGGGCCCGGGCCCUCACCCCGCCAGCGCCCCUGCCGCCACGCCGGAGGCCCCCUCCGCUCUGCCGUCCCCGCAGAUGCCCGGGGACGGCUCCUCCGUGCAGAGCCUGUUCAUCGAGGAAAUCCACAGUGUGAGCGCCAGGAGCAGGGCGGUGUCUAUCGAGAAAGCAGAAAGGAAAUGGGAAGAGAAAAGGCAAAAUCUGGACCACUAUAAUGGGAAGGAGUUUGAGAAACUCCUAGAAGAAGCCCAGGCCAAUAUUAUGAAGUCAAUUCCAAACCUGGAGAUGCCACCAGCCUCAGGCCCCCAGCCAAAGGGUGAUGCUCCAGUGGACAAAUUAGAACUUUCAGAAGACUCUCCAAAUUCAGAACUGGACUUGGACAAGCCGGGGGGUAGGUCCCCACCUCCUCCUCCUCCACCUCCACGGCGGAGCUACCUGCCAGGAUCUGGGCUCACUACCACAAGGUCGGGCGACGUGGUCUACACUGGCAGGAAGGAGAGUGCCACUGCUAAGGCAAGCAGUGAAGAUGCUGGACCAAGUCCACAGGCUAGAGCCGCAAAGUGUCCGGCUGAGGAGCCGGUGACAGCCUGGGCCCCAUCGCCACCCCCUGUCACUGCUUCUGCAAAGGAGGAGGAGGAGGAAGAAGAGGGAGACAAAAUCAUGGCGGAACUUCAGGCAUUCCAGAAGUGUUCCUUUAUGGAUGUAAAUUCAAACAGUCACGCUGAGCAGUCCCGGGCUGACAGCCACGUUAAAGACACUAGGCCGGGGGCCACCGCCCCACCCAAGGAGAAGAAGGGCAUUUUUGGAAGUUGGAGAACCAAGCAACCCAAGAAUUUGGAAUUUUUCCACGAAGACGUACGGAAAUCUGAUGUUGAAUGUGAAAAUGGCCCCCCAAUGGAGUCCCGGAAGGUUACCCCAGGGGUUCUCACGCCGAGUGACCAUCCUAAGUGGGAAAGAGGAGUGGAAAACAGUAUUUCUGAUGCAGCAAGAACAGCAGAAUACAAAACUGACAUCUCAAUGAAGGAAAGUUCCCUCUCCACUAAGAGUUUACUUAGAGACAGUAAAAACCAUUCCCAGAAAAAUGUGUCUAAGGUCAAUUCUAGUUUCUCUGGUGUUAGUUCAUUCGAAUGUGAAAUCAACAAAGGACCUAAAAUCUCCGGGCUGCAGUACCCUGCAUCUGACGCUGAGAAUCAGAUGAAUUAUGGGAAGACAAAGAGUCAGCAAGGACAAGAAGAUUCAGAGAAGGGUCACAUUCCCAUUACCACUAGAUCAACCGAAUUGACGACUCGUGAUGUCAAAACUCAAGACCAAGAGGUUCCCAUGACAGAAUUCGGCCAAGUUGUCCUAAGACCAAAGGGAGCUAAGCAUACUAACAUGACCCCUAGUGAGGAAGGGGAGUCCACACCAAGUUCUCCCAGCGAGGAGAAGGCAACCGACAACAUUGCCUUCAUGAUCACCAAAACCGCGGUCCAAGUUCUCUCCAGCGGGGAGGUCCAUGAUAUAGUGAGCCGACAGGGGGAAGAUGUACAGACGGUCAACAUUGAUGCAAAAAAAGAGACGAUAUCCCAGCAGGAAGGCAGUGAAAGUGAAGAACCUGUGGUGUGCCUGGACAAGAAACCCGUGAUCAUCAUCUUUGAUGAACCCAUGGACAUCCGGGCUGCAUACAAGAGACUUUCAACCAUAUUUGAGGAGUGUGACGAGGAACUGGAGAGAAUGAUGAGGGAAGAAAAGAUUGAGGAAGAAGAAGAGGAGGAGACUGGAGACCCUGCAGUCCAGAAUGACACUCCCCAAAAGUUUCCUAAGGAGGGGGCUUUGGGCAGCCCUCGAGCAGGGCAGGAAGCUAGGAGUAAAUUGCAGCCACACUUCCUUUCAGUGGAGACAGGAGUGUCAGGAGGACAGGAAGUGAAUAAAACCGGGCAGAUCAAGUUCAACCCAACCGAUUCUCCAAGCUCAGAAAGCCAGGGUGACGUGACUGAUGACCAGUUUGAAAGCCCCAAGAAAAAGUUCAAGUUCAAAUUCCCAAAGAAGCAGCUUGCGGCUCUCACGCAAGCCAUUCGCACAGGCACCAAGACUGGGAAGAAGACGUUACAGGUGGUGGUCUACGAAGAGGAGGAGGAGGAUGGCACGCUGAAGCAGCACAAGGAAGCCAAGCGAUUCGAGAUCAGUAGGUCUCCAACCGAAGACGCCCCUAAAAGCCUGCUCAGGAGACUAGAGCAUCCCAGCCCGGAGAGCACUGCUCUGGUUUCGAGAACUGAUGAAAUCAGAAAAAAUACCUACAGAACGUUGGACAGCCUGGAGCAGACCAUCAAACAGCUGGAAAAUACCAUCAGUGAGAUGAGUCCCAAAGCCCUAGUUGAGACCUCGUGUUCUUCCCACAGAGAUUCUGUUGCAAGUUCAUCCCACACGGCCCAGGAGGCCGGUCCCCCAUCCUUGCUAGUCCUGGAUGGAGCAUCCACUGCCUUAGAGCCCCCCUCAUCUAUACCUUCAGCUUCACGUAAGGGCUCCAGCGGGACCCCUCAGACGAGCAGGAUGCCAGUCCCCAUGAGUUCCAAGAACAGACCCGGAAGCCUGGACAAACCUGGCAAGCAGUCCAAACUGCAGGAUCCCCGCCAAUACCGCCAGGCUAAUGGAAGUGCUAAGAAAGCUGGUGGGGACUGUAAGCCUACUUUCCCCUCCUUACCUGCUUCUAAGAUUCCAGCCCUUUCUCCCAGCUCUGGGAAAAGCGGUUCUCUGCCUUCUUCUAGUGGUGACGGCCCUAACUUCCCUAAUCCGCCUGCUACUAAACCAUCGGUUCCUUCUAACCCUCUCAGCCCCCAAACAGGACGACCUGCUCCCUCCGCCUCCCUGAUCCCCUCUGUCUCUAAUGGCUCCUUAAAGUUUCAGAGCCCCACUCAUACAGGUAAAGGUCACCAUCUGUCAUUCUCACUGCAGACUCAAAAUGGCCGAGCAGCCCCUCCUUCCUUCUCCUCCUCCCCGCCCUCCCCUGCCUCCCCCACUUCACUGAAUCAAGGUGCAAAGAGCAUCAGGAGCAGCCACACUCCUAGCCUCACCAGCUACAAGGCACAGAACGGAAGUUCAAGCAAAGCCACCCCAUCCACAGCAAAGGAAACCUCUUAAAGGCCAAAUCCAAUUAAACACAAGUUGGAGUUACAUUUAAGAAAAAAAAAAAGUUUUUUUUAACAGUCUUACUGUUUUCACAAGAGAAUGUAACAUAUUGCUGUACUGUUUGAGGCUUAAUGCAAAGUAUGUGCUAAAUACUGGAUUAACAGACUUCAGUAAAGCUUAUUUUUUUUUUUUUACUUUGUUGCUGUUCUAAUUACAUAGUGUUUACUGUCUCUAUUCAGUACCUGUUAAAUGAAGCAAGCAUGUGUUACCAAAAAGGAGAGUAUGGCAAGAGAGAAGGGUGUGUGUGAGACAGGAAAAUAAAAAAUGUAUUAAGCAUGUAAAACAUGUAUGAUUCCAGAAUUUUAGUAUGUUUUGUAUAAAAAUAUUUUUCAUUACGGAGACUAGAAGUGAACAGAGAAAUACACAAGUGUGACUAUACAAAUUGUAAAACAGAUACUAUUAUAUUUCCUUUUAUUUUAGUGUUAUUUAGCUUUAUUACAGAUUUCUAUUUUUGUCAAAACUUCAUGGUUCCUUUCGAGAUCUUUUUUGCCAAAACAUUUUGAUACUAUAGCAUUGUACAUUUGGAAGUAGCGUGCUAGACAAGAAGCCAAUGAACUUCUACACAAGCCGACACAGAGGCACAUGUAGAAGGCAAUUAUCAACCCUGCUGCACUGCCAUAAAAAUUAUGUAUAAUAAUUUGCCAGCCCAAGCAAGCUAGUUCUGCUUUUCUUUCUUUUCAACAUGUUGGGAUUCUCUAGUUGUUUUCUUUGCAGUAUCUAAAUCUUCCCUUUGUUUUCUGAGACCUGGUAACCCACACUACUGCAUUGUGGAUUUUAAAAUGUACACUUCUGUACGGUUCUGUAAACUGAUCAAUUUUUGUAAAUAUAUAAAUAGACACCAAAAAUACUGUAUGUGACAGCACAUAGAGUAGUUUUCCCACACCAAAGUUCAUUUUUAUGCAUGCUUUAAACAUCUAUCUUGGGAUGGGCAGAAAUGGGACUUCCCAGACAUUUUUAAAAAGCAACAAGUUUGCACAGCUAGAGUGUUUUUGUAAAUAAGUGUAUUUGUAUAACACAGUCAUGUAAUAUACAGAACUAUAAGCAGAGACUUUGCAAAACUAAAUAAAGGGCUGCAUGCUUACUAUUUUUUGUACCUUGUCCCUAUAACUACUUCCUAGUCAAAGAACAAACAUAACUGUUACCAAGUUAAAUGCUUUUGGCUUUGAGGGCAUGGAAAGAAAACAUGUAACCAGAUGCAGAUGGGUUUUCUGAAAGCUCUGGGGCAGUGCAUGGUGAGUUUCUGAGAAAUUCAUUACAAAUAUAGUGCCUUCCCAUGAAACCUCCAACCUUCUUCCUGGCUUAGCAAGGGUUAGCUGACAGCAAGCAAACCAGAUAGUGUCUACCACCCUCCUUUCCUCGAUGGACUCUUACUAACUUUUGCUUCUUCAUCUCCAGUAGAAGUAAAGUAGAAAUAAAAUGCCUUUAUCACUA